AUGGCUACCGCUACGCCCCCUCCGCCAGUGUUGAUCUCCACCACCACGAUCCACUCCCUCAUCACCCACGAAUCCCUCAUCCGCCACCUCCGUUCCACCCUCCCCCAUCUCUCCGCCGCCGUCCACUCCCCCCUCCGCCACGCCCACCAGACCAGCCCCAAUUCCUCCCUCCUCCUCAUGCCCUCCUGGUCCUCCUCCCCCUCCCUUCCGUACAUCGGCACCAAGCUGGUCACCCACCACCCCGCCAACUCCUCCCUAAGCAUGCCAGGGGUUCACGCGGUCUAUGUCCUCUUCUGCUCCGCCACCGGCCGCCCGCUGGCCACCAUGGAUGCUACCGAUUUGACCCUCUACCGCACGGCCUGCGUCUCGGCCCUCGCCUCGUCCCACCUCUCCCGGGAGGACUCGAACACGCUGGUGAUGGUCGGAGCUGGCCAGUUGGCGCCCCACCUCAUCAAAGCUCAUUUAUCUGUCAGGCCCAAAAUCAAGCGCGUGGUGGUGUGGAACAGGACAAUCGAGAAAGCACAAAAAUUAGUCAUCCAGUUGAGAAAUGAUGAUAUUGCCCUCCAGGGGGAGGUGAGUUUCGAGUGCUGCAGCGGGUGCCUGGACGAGGCCGUAAGGACGGCGGACAUAAUUUGCUGUGCCACAAAUUCGAAAACCCCUUUGGUGAGGGGCGUGGAUUUGAGGAGUGGGGCCCACCUGGAUCUGGUGGGGUCGUUCACACCGUCCAUGAGGGAAUGCGAUGACGCGGCAAUCGCUCGGGGGAGAGUGUAUGUGGAUAACGAGGGGGCGGUGGAGGAGGCGGGAGAACUGGUGGGUGCUUUUGAAAGGGGUGUGAUUGGGAGAGAUGUGAUUGUGGGUGAUUUGGUAGGGUUGAUUAAGGGGGAUGUACAAGGGAGGAGGGAUUUAGGCGAGAUCACCGUGUUUAAAUCUGUUGGGUCGGCCGUGGUGGAUCUUUUGAGUGCACAGUUGGUUUACGAGAAUUUGUGUGGCAUCACCCGAGGAGGCCGCGCGCCACCCCGCAGCCCUCACGCGGACAGAUUUCUCGCGAGCCACAUACUGCGUCCUGAGACAGAGGAGGACGAGAAACCAAUUGAGAACAGGGGUUGUGAGCCACCUUCACGGCCUUGA